AACAUCCCUAUUGUACUUAUGACAAAAAUGGUGCCCGUUUACCAGCUGGCACUUAUUGUCUGAUGAUAAAAAAUCAUCUCUACAAUUUAAUAAUACACACCUGGAAUGGCGACUGUGCUUGAUUCAAUUAAACGUUAUCAGCAUAUUAUAGAAAGUAAUUCAGACGACGAACAUAAAAUUUUAAAAUGCAUAAACAGAUUAUAUCAUUUGGCCGUAACAGUUCAACACUUACAAGAUACAGGUGUGGGACGGACAAUAAAUGCCCUACGAAAAGACCCUGGAGCAGUGGGCCCUGCAGCUCGCUCUCUUGUUCAGAAAUGGAAGGAGAUGGUGGAAGCAGACGAGAGUGACGAGGAUGGACAUCAAUAUCAUGAAACAUCAACACAUAACGGCCAUGGCAGCGGAAGAGAAUCAGAUGAUAAUGGAAGGCAGGAUUUAAGAUCCAGUAACACUAAUUCUACCUCUAAAAUGAAUGGUACUAACAGUGGAGCGAAGAGGGAAUAUCAGAGUAGCGAGGAUGAAGAGUCUAAUGCAAAAAGGUCAAAAUAUUCGUAUGAUGACCAUAACAAAAAAAGUAGUAAAUCUAGAAAAGAAGAACCUGUGAAAUUAAGAAAAGAUGAUUCUGUUAAAUCGUCAAGAAGAGAACCAGAAUAUGACAGUCAUGAAUCAGAUGCUUCAGAUUCUGACCAGAGUAAUUCUUCAGAGUCUUCUGUUGAAUACAGCAAAAAUAAAAAGCCGGAUAACAAGGAGUCAUCAAGUAAUCACAAAUCGUCAUCUAAACACUCCUCCCACAAUAAUCAUGUUACCGAAAAAAGGGACUCUUCUAGCUCCAAAAAAUCGAGCCAAAAAGAAAGAUACUCUGAACAUCACAGUUCAAGCAGCAAAGAGAGACAUUCUUCUGAAAAAUCAUCAAGUAAAGAGAAGUCUCACAGACACGACAAAGAGAGUUCACACAAACACAAGAGUUCUGAUGAUAAUAAAGAUUCAAUACCUGACAAGAAACAAAAAUCCGAUCAUAAAUUAAGUAGUAAGGAAUCUAAAACUUCAAGUAAACAUAGUAAGUUAGAUGAUAAUAAAUCGCAUAAACAUGACUCCAGUGACAAACAUAAAAGUAGUUCAGAAAAGCAUAUAAGCAAAUCUGACAAACACAGGAGUUCAAGCCAAUUACAAAAUACUGACAAGGAAAAGCAUAAACAACCAGAGCCAGAAGUAACUAAACAUAAAUCAAAGGAUAGUCAUAGCAGUAGUUCCAAGGAGAAACAUAGUUCCUCUAAUAAGGAAAAAUCAAAAGACAAAAAUAAUUCAAGUAGAGAUAAGUCCAGCAGUCACAAUAGUGACAAACAUUCAUCAUCAAGUCACAGUAAAUCAAGUAGUAGUGAACAUAAAAGCAAAUCUGAGAAACAUGAAAUUAAAAGUAGUGAAAAGAAAUCUAGAAGUAAGUCUAGUUCAUCGUCAGAACAUAAAACUGUCAAAUCCAACAGUAAGGCGCAGGAAGAUGUACCAAAGAAAAAGGAUAAUGAAAAUCAUGAAGACAGUGACGAUGGAAUCGAUUGUGGUUCAGGUGCCAGUUUCGCUGAGGCUCUUGGCAUGAUAAGCCCUGCAAAACCCAAAAAGAAAUUACCGCAUAUUAAAGAUAUACAAUCACCCAAUAGUUCAUUUACUAAUGAUUUGAGUCCAGCUGCCCUAUUAGCGCCUACAGCCAAAUUAGCCCCUCUACCAGCAUUAGAGAUUACUGCUUUGCCAGAAAUUUCACCCAAUUACCGACCAAGGCCGCCUCCAAAGGCCCUAAUGCAUUUCACGGAUGAUGAAGCUCUAAAUGCGGGCAUAUCUUCCAAAAACCAAAGAACCAAAGUUUACUCGGGAAAUAAAGUGAUUGGAAAAAUACCAUCACUUUACGAAAUGUGCGUUCACAUACUUCAGGAACAUAUAGACGCUCUCGAAUACGGUGGGGUGCCAUACAAUAUUUUAAAGCCAGUGGUAGACAGAGCAACACCGGAACAGCUGUUCACGCUGGAGCAUUAUAAUCCGUACCUAAUGGAGGACACCGAUCACCUCUGGCAAAGGUUCUGCGAGAAAAGUUUCAGGAACAAACAACGACGUGAAAUGGAGUCCUGGAGAGAAAUGUAUCUGAGAUGCCAAGAAGAACAAGAACACAGAUUGAAAGCUCUAACAGCCAACAUUAAGAUAACACAGGAAGCGAAAAAAGCUCCAAUCAAACAGACAAAAAUGGCUUAUGUGGAUACUGUUGUGAAGCCCCCACGCAAUAUUGCUAGAAAACAAGCGCUGCACGGCACUGCGCACGCGUCGACAGCGAGUCCGGCCGCCAGGGUGGCGUCGCUCGCGUCUGCGCCGAACGUGGCGCGUGCGGGCUCGGUCCGCCCGCCGCCGCCUGUCACUACAUCGUCCUCUUCUGCCCACAAGCCCAAAAACUCUCUAAUGCAAAAAGCGCUGCAAUUCAUGCGAGGGCGCAAACGAUGAUGAUUCUGUUACCACUAAUUUAGUCAUUAAUUGUGAUGUUUAUGAGGCGUGCACGCCAUUUUGAGGACCGCACCAAAUUUAAAAUCUUUUCUGCCUGAAUAGGGUAGUCGGCUUUAAUUAUUUUCCUUUGAUCUAAAAUUUACGCAAUACAUACCUAACACAAAGAAGAAGCCCAUUAAAAAUAAAAAGAUACAGAGUUUUAAAACAAAUGAAAGUGGAAACUCAAAUAACAGAAAAGAGAUAAUAGACAGGUGUGACAAUGCAGAUUGUAAUCAUGCGGGCGUAAGAAAGAAAUACCCAUACCGCGAGCCAACUUUUAUGUAUUGCAAUAUUUGACAUAUGAAUCUCUACCUCAUUUGCUAAUAGUUUUGAUACUAUAUUCAGUUUUUUUUUUUUUUGUUUACUAUCUACUGCGUGUAAAAUAAUCUACAAAAUGACAUUUAGACUCAGUAACUACCCUAUUAUCUCAUUUAUAACCAUAGCCAUACCGCCAUUAGUGUACGUGUAGUGUGUUGGGGUUACGGACUUGAUUCGUACUUCCGGAUAGAUUUAAAAAAAUUACGGUUAAAGAAACUUUAUUAUCUCAUAAGAAUUCGAUUCACUUACAUGAGAUACAAACAAAAUAAAAUAAGUUGAAAAAUUAAGGCUCAAAUUGGCGUACUCGUCUAGUAAUUAGAAUAGGUAGGUGAUUACUUUCCACAUUGAAUGAAAUAUCUACAAAUUGUUGGAAAUACAUGACUGAUUGAAAUAAUCGAAACUAAAUUAUAGCUCAUUUCAUCCACGAAGACGAACCUCACCAUUUUAUGAGCGUAGUGUGCGUGACGCGUGUGCACUCACGCAGCCACGCUGCUCACACACACUGUAAGCGAGUAAUAAAAGUAGGUGAGCGCGUUUUCGUGGAGGAAAUUUUCUAUAUUAUAUUGUAUACUUUUACAAUAAUGAUAUUUAAAUACUAUACACAUCUCACAAAAGGCAAGAUUUAAUGUGAAAAUAA